AUGGCGACAGCGUCGCCCUCCCUCAUCUCCGCCUUCGUUUCCCAGACGCGAAGUCCUUGCUCUCCUGCACCUUCACACCUCCGGCGCUACUCCGGUGCGGGGCGGGGCGAUGUCGUGGGGUUCAGGGCGGUGGCCGUCGCCAGAAGGUCGAGGGGCGCCUCGUUCUUCACUCGCGCAGUUGCGUCCCCCGAGACCGGUGUUCAGAAGGAGGAGAAAGCCUCGGGAGAGGUGUUGGAAGAGGAGGGAGUCGUCCUUCCCACCAACGAAUCUUCGGAGAGGUUACUCCGGAUCCGCCAUACAGUAUGCAGGCUCUAUUCUUCUCUGCUUCUUCAUUUUAGUUGGGAUUAGAUCAAUUCGCUCCCUCCCUUCUCCUCAGGCGGUCUCGAGUGGUGCCUCGAGGUUUUUUGCUACCGUCGGGGUUUUCUGCAUUACGUUGCUUGAUUUAUUUGCUGUGGCAAUCAACUUUACAUUCAAGUGACUUUUUGCGUUGCGUCACUUGAUUCUCUGUGACAUGUAAAAAUUUACUUCGAAGUCUUUUAGCCGAAAUAAAUGCACGCUCUUCUGCUGGAUCGUUAAAGCUAGAUGUUUCGGUCCACGAAUUUGAACUCUCACUCUCCUGUUGAGGAUUUAUUAAAAGGAUGAGGAUUUUGAAGGAAUGCAUGUUUUUCAUCUUCUUUAAAAGUAUUUUUCGGUGUAUAUGGACUCUGCUAUCCCAUUUGGAUGAUGAAGGAUGACGCUAUGGAUUAGAAAAGAGUAUUUGAUUAUUUACUUUUGUUAUCAUGUUCAUAAUAUAAUAAUUUUUUUGGAAAAGUUAAAGCAGUAAACUCUUCACUGGUCAUUGUUUCGAAAUGGUGGAUGAGCUAAGGGUUAACAAUGAAGGUUGUCUCUGAUGAUCUCUCUUAAAAAGCAUGUGCAAUUGACAAGCAUUGAACAAAAGUUAAGGUUAUGAUGAGACAUGAAAGAGUAUUUUGGGAAAAUAACUAAUAAUUUAAGACAAGAAUAGAUUGCAUCAAUUGGUGGUUGGUCAAUCAUUCAGUCCUCAGCCCAAUGGACACUUGGAAUGUAAAGCUGACUGGGAUUCGUUUUUUUGCUCUGGAAAAUUAAUACCAUUAAUUUUGUGUCAAAUAUUUCACAACGUUUUCGUGUGUUGUGGAAUAAUGAGCCAGAAAAACAUUCUUUUUGAAGCUUGCGCUCCUCUGACCAUUGAGAUGAGAUGAACUCAUAAUAACAAUUCUCACCAUAUUGUUCUUAUUUUAUCUGUUUUCUUUAGCAGGUCAAUGAUGCUUGCCACUUUUCAGAAGAGAAAUAUUUUAUUUUAUAUAACUAAGGAGGGUAGCAUUUGGUAGUAGCUGCCAUUGUGUUUUACAUUUCGCUAAAAAAAGAAUUAAACAAAUUAAUCUUAAGUGUACUUCUAAAUUUCAAAGGAUAAUGCAAUAUACUAGGGAGCAUUCGAAAAGAAAUGAGGCACUGGUAUUGUUUCUUUUGGGACUUUAUCGCUUUGAAAGUCUACAUGAUGAACUUUACGAACUAUAUCAUCUCAUAAGAAGGUGGAAGAUUAUGCAUAUUCAGAGUUGAGCAGGUACCGAUUGUUGAGCAUGAUUAUUAUUAUGCAUCAAUUUUGUCCAAAGUUUGAUAGUGAUUUUUUGGCCCUACUUUAAUGAUAUAUCAGUCCUACAUUAGUUGAUGGGGAUGCCUUUCCACUUCUUGUUAUUUUUGGUUGAUAUGCGUUAUUAUGUUUUUUUGAUAAUUUUAAUUGUCAUUCAUUCGAAUAUUUUCCAGUUUCUCGGUCUUGCUCACCUUUUUUUCUUAUCUAUAAUGAUGCAUCUUCUUGACUAGUUGCAUUAUGUGUGACUCCAGUGUGCGCAUGUAAUGGCAAUGGCUGUCCAGAAGCUCUUCCCAACCGCUAAGGUGACGAUUGGUCCAUGGAUUGACAGUGGGUUCUAUUAUGACUUUGAUAUUGAGCCAUUAACAGACAAGGAUUUGAAAAGAAUUAAGAAAGAGAUGGUACGUAAGGGGCCGUUUCUGUUUGUUCUUAGUGAGAGGUCUAUUAGAUUGGCAAAAUAUUCAUUAGCGUAUUGUUUCAGGGUACGGAAUUCAUUUCUUACAUCAUCUGUAGGAUCGCAUUGUAAACCGAAAUUUACCGUUAGUAAGAGAAGAAGUUUCCAGAGAUGAAGCUCAGAGGAGAAUAUUGGCGAUCAAUGAGCCUUACAAGCUGGAGAUUUUGGAGAGUAUAAAGGAAGAACCUAUCACCAUUUAUCAUAUAGGUUGCUUCAGAUUCUUUCUGUCAUCCAGUUUAUUCUUAUGUUUUAUAAUAACACAGCAUUGUUCUGAACGCUGAAUUUAAGCUAAUGCUACCUCUUUAUCUUCUCUCAUAGGAAACGAAUGGUGGGAUCUUUGUGCUGGGCCUCAUGUAGAUUCCACUGGAAACAUAGACAAGAAUGCGGUUGAACUUGAAUCUGUGGCAGGGGCCUAUUGGAGAGGAGAUGAAAAGAAUCAAAUGCUUCAGAGAAUUUAUGGCACAGCAUGGGAGACUCAGGAACAGUUGAAAGCUUACCUUCAUUAUAAGGAGGAGGCAAAGCGUCGUGAUCAUAGACGCUUGGGUCAGGACCUUGACCUGUUUUCAAUACAGGUACCUGAUAAAAAAAAAAUCAUCUUUGUGGAGAUUGUUUGGUUGAAGUUUUUGUCUAAUGGAUUUUUUCAUUCAUUAUGGACAUUUACUGAUGCACAUCUCAUAGGAGUUAUUUUCAGCUUUACAUUUAUUGAUAUGCCUCAAGUUUGAAGAUUUGAUAAAUUGUCUGUUAAAGAAUCUGAUGCUGGUAGUUUUCCCAGCCCGUGGAUCAAGAAUCCCUCUCCAUUUUACACAUUCUAAGUAAUCGAUGAGUACUUUCCCUUCUUAUACUAGUUUAAACCAUGCAACAAAUCGACAUUUUUUUAACCUUCCCUCAGACUUUGUGGGAUUUUCACCAACUCAUUUCCUGUCGAAUGUUAUUUUGACCUGUUGCUUGGCACAUUACCUUUCACAUUGUUGUGGUCAAGCAAACUCUUGGUCCAAUAAAACUCUCUUUUCCCUCCGGUUCUUCAUGGGAUAUUAUAGUUGAAACUAAACUGAUGGUGCAGUGUCCUAGCUUCCUUAUGCCUUAAUUAUCAUUAAAUUUGGAGGGAUUUUGAUGGCUCAUUUUUUCCUGUUUAUGACGGAGGUAUCCUUUUUACUGUAGUUAUGUAUGAGGAAAAACCCAUUAUAUUCUGUUUAUAUGUUCUACAAAUUUAUGCUGAAGACAUCGUCUUCAACUUAUCGUGGAAUUGGAUACCUAUAUGUUGUACUGCAGCUUGGCCUUAUGGCUACUUUCCCUAUAAUUAUCUACUAAUUGGGCUGGAUUAUAACAUUGGUUUUCCAACUUGAUGAUUCAGGAAGAACAGAAGGAGAAAUCAGGUAGAAAAAGGGUCUUAGUCAAACACAUGCUUAGAUUUUUGUUGUAGCUGGAAAUGGGAGGAGUCAAAGUCUGAUGAUCAGAAGUAUUUUUAGAAUUAGAUUUCUGUAAAAUUGUGCCCUACUAACAUUAUUUCUAACAUGGCAUGAAUGCCGAUUUCUGCUUGGAGACGCUAAUAUGUUAUGUCCUGUUUGAAAGACAUCUAGCUCUUCUCAGAGGCUCACUAGAAGGAUAUUCUUCUUGAUAGUUAGGGAUAAGAUCCCAGAUCAAAGAACGACGAAUAAUUCGUAUUAGAUGAAAACAGUCUCUUGAACAGAAAGAAAUAAAGAGAAAGAACAGUAGAAGAACCAAGAACAGAUGAGUUGGUCCCAUGUAACCCUCCAAACCCUUUUGUAGAUCCACGAGAUACUAUCACCGAUUUCUCCUCUCCCGUCCUUCUUGCCUCCUCCUCUCGUCCCUAUAUUCUGUCCUCUUCCCUUCGCCUUAUUUAGGUAUUUAUUCUCUUGCCAUAACUGCUCCUUCCCUCAGUAAUGCUGACCGUUACUGUCUUAUUGGGCUUGGGCCUUCUUGCUUCUAGAAUAUGUGCGUGGAGGCUUAUCAGUUAGGCACCUUAGACAGGGGACCUUACCCAAUGGCAAUGGGGUGGUUAGCUCAGGAAAUGGAUCUUUGGGAAGAAAGGUCCCAGAUUCCCUGAAUGGGGAAGAGGUUUCCUGGCAACCCAUGAUAACCUUGUAUUUUUGUUAAUAAGAUUUGCUAACCUCCCUUGUUAUUAGAAACAAAAUGAGGGAUCCGAAACUCGAGAAAAUGUUUCAUUGACAGAAUAACGAAGGGCUGUUUUGCACGUCAGUUUUGGGGUCUCUCAAUCGAUUUAGUGCCAUUUUUAGUUUGCAUAAUAUUGCUCUAUCUUCAACUUGGUUCAUUUUUUCUGGGUUUUUUUUGUCUUUCCCCUUCUGAUACUAUCUGCUAUUGUGUUGACGAUUUCCACCUACUUUUAGUUCUCCAGAUUCACUUUUUGAUGUACAAAACAGCUUGAACACGUGAGAGUCAUUCAUAGUGACGUGGGGAACGUGAUAAUACACUGAAAAAAUGAUGACUGGCUGUAUUACGUGGGGUUGCUUCGAGAUUCUGUACUAAUAUAUUAUGAUUAAGUUGUAUUUGGGGAACGUGAAAAUGUUUUGGGGUUUAAUAAAUGUCUGGUUCGGGAUUGGGUACCGUUCAAAAUUAAGUUGUAUUUGUCUUUGUAUACUUGCUACCUAAAACAAAAAAUUAGCCGCUAAAGCAGGUAAAACGAGGUUGGGUGGGUCUCUUCUGAUGCCCGAUUUUAUAAAUUAUCUUGAGUCCUAUCUGAACUGUGACCAUAAAUGGCUGAAAUUGAGAUUUCGUAGAGAGAGUUCAUGGAAAUUUCAAUUCUAUGAAUGUAUUUUGCAGAUCCAUACGUAUUUCGGUGAUUCCAUGUUUUCUACGUCAAACCUAGUUGUGCAUCAUGUUUUCUUUUCCCUUUCAUUCCCAUUUUUUUCAUAGUGUUGUUUAUAAGAUUAGGUUACUUCUACUGGGAUUUUGUUAGACUAUCUAUUUAGUUAAAAGAAAUUCAUGCCUUGCUGGGUUUAGACGCUUUCACCCAGUUCUUCUGCUGAACUGGAUAUUUUUUGGUCAAGUUGGUCAUUUAAUUUUGUGCUUUCAAUUCAUGAUUGCAAGAGCACUAUCUUCUCUUCCAUCUGUCAUUCAACUUGCGAGUCUGUAGUCAUGGUGACGCCUUAGCUUCGUGUAGUCUGCCAUUCUGAGAAAGAUUUUAGCUCUAUCAGCUCAUGCUCCCUGUUUGAAUGCAGAUGAUGGUGAGAAAUAGAUUGAUGUGCUCGAACAAAUAUAUUAGGACAUUAUCAUUUUGAAAUAAUGGAUUGCUUUGUAUAGUCCUAUCUCUAUCUUCAGGAUUGUAUUCUUUAAUGUGUUGCUUUGAAAGGUGUAUAAUGCUUCUGUCUUGGUCUCUUCAUCCUUCUUUUUUAGAUUCUUCAUUAUAUGCUGAACGUCUUUGGUAAUGUUAAAAAUAUCUGCUCAUCAAAAUUCUAAUUUUCGCUGUCCAACAGUGUACACAACUGCCCUGUUAUCAAAGUGUUAAUGUCCCGCUUUAUCUUGUCCUGAAAUAUGAUGUUGAAGAACAUCAUUCGUGCAUUGAAUGAUUGGAUCUUCUCUUGAAAAAUUGUAGGAUGACGCAGGGGGGGGCUUGGUCUUUUGGCAUCCAAAAGGUGCAGUAGUGCGACAUCUAAUUGAGGAUUCAUGGAAGAAAGUACACAUACAACAUGGUUAUGAGCUUCUGUAUACACCUCAUGUAGCCAAGGUUGACCUUUGGAGAAUUAGCGGCCACCUGGAUUUCUACAAAGAAAAUAUGUUUGAUCAAAUGAAAAUUGAAGAUGAAAAGUACCAACUUCGACCUAUGAAUUGUCCAUAUCACAUUUUAAUAUACAAGAGGAAGCUCCAUUCUUACAGGGACUUCCCAAUUAGAUUGGCAGAGCUGGGGACAGUAUAUAGAUAUGAAUUAUCUGGCAGCAUGCAUGGAUUAUUCCGUGUGAGAGGUUUUACCCAGGUACGAAAUCUUUUUGUAAAUUAUGGUUAUAUUCUUUUAUUAUUUUCCAUGUCAAGUGGCUUUUCUUUCAUUUUUUGACUGUAUGGCUACUCUUUGUUCGGUUCCCCUCACCUCUUCUUCGAAGUUACUUACGUCAUUCAAUGCUACAGAUGGUGAUACGGCACACCGAUUAGUGAUCGAACACCAUUCUCUAUGUUUGGUCUUUUCUUCUUUGUUUAUUUCUUCCGGACACCCUUUCUGGUGCAGUUUUGAGUCUCAGAAUGAAACAAAUUAAUAACGGUUGGCUUUUUUUUUAAAACACACUGAUUUAUUAUGACAAAGUCUUUCUGCUUUCAUUGGGUAGUGAAAUUUUGAUAUUUCACCUUAGAUUUACUCUUAGUAAAUUCCAAGUGUACGUUAUUUCAUAUGAUUAGCACCUUCCCCAAAGUUAUAUGCCCUGGUCUUUUAUGUUCUAUCGAUCUAUUUUAUGAGAUUCACUGAGAACGGUAGACUAUUACAAUCUCUUUGGUGUAGUUUGGCUUGAUAAACUAUGAGCGGCCUAAUGAAAGUUGUUCAUAAAGGUGGUUGGUUUGCACAGGUUCCACCUUUCACCAAGAGGUGGAAAAUGUGGAAAGAUUGAAUCCUGAAUCCAAGGUUCUUGAUUUUCUUUUAGCGUGGUGAAAGGCUCUUAGUAAAUCAUUUUCAUGUUGCAGAAUAUUCAAACUUGGCUUGCGUCUUGUGAAUUAUUUUUUAUUAAAACUUGACUAAAAGCCCUGUGUAUGCAAAAGCUUUUUUUAUUUUUAUUUUUUUAAUAUUUCGGUAGCUUCUGGAUCAUUGUCUUCUGUUGUUUCAUUGACUAUGAGACAAUAUGACAAUGCAUGUUUCUGAUAUAUUUCCAUCCGUGAUGCAGGAUGAUGCACAUAUUUUCUGUUUAGAGGACCAAAUCAGGGAUGAAAUCAGGGGGGUUCUUGACCUAACUGAAGAAAUAUUACUGCAAUUCGGUUUCAUGAAGUACGAAGUCAACCUGUCAACGAGACCUGAGAAAUCCGUGGGCGACGACGACAUCUGGGAGAAGGCAACAACUGCCCUUCAAGAUGCUCUUGAUGACAAGGGUUGGGCAUACCAGAUCGACGAAGGCGGAGGGGCUUUCUAUGGCCCCAAAAUAGACCUAAAAAUUCAAGACGCUCUGGGGAGAAAGUGGCAAUGCUCCACUGUUCAGGCACGCUUUCCUUCUCUGGGGCGUCAUGUUGGUCUGUGAAGUCCAGCCCCCUCCGUGCUUUUCUUCUGUUGAUGAUUUCCUCCCGUUGACUGAUUGCAGGUGGACUUCAAUCUGCCGAACCGGUUUGACAUUUCGUACGUCGAUUCAAACUCCGAGAAAAGGAGGCCGAUCAUGAUCCACAGAGCCAUCCUGGGGUCUUUGGAAAGAUUCUUCGGAGUCCUGAUCGAGCACUACGCCGGGGACUUCCCCCUUUGGCUUUCUCCCACCCAAGCCCGCGUUCUCCCCGUCACCGACAACGAGGUUUCUUCUCUCCUCUAAUCGCCACCACCCAUGCAUAGUAUGUACCUGCCUUUGCUAUAUUUACCGCGCUCACUUGCGCCGGCGUUUCAGGUUGACUACUGCAACGAGGUCCUCUCGCAGCUGAAGUCCUCCGGGGUGAGAGCGGAGCUCUGCCAGGGGGAGCGGCUGCCGAAGCUCAUCAGGAACGCGGAGAAGCAGAAGGUGCCGCUGAUGGUGGUGGUGGGGCCCAAGGAGGUCGAGACCCGCACCGUCACCGUCAGGUCCCGCUUCUCCGGGGAGCUCGGCAACAUGGCCCUCGGCGACUUCAUCGGCAGAAUCCAGGUGGCUGUCGAGAACAGGGCCCGGCUGUAG